ACCCAGAAUAUCCGCCUACCAUCCUCGUGAACCCAUAUUCCUUUUCGUCUAUUAACCCCCAAAUUCCCCAAAAAAUCUUCAUUUCGAAGAAAAAAAACCAAACCUUUACUUUUCUUUCCUGAGAAGUUUCUGCUCUGUUUUUUCGUUGGGUUCCUUGACGGAGAUGGCGGCAGCUACGGUGGCGAUUUCAGGCUUCUCCGCACGGCCUUUGGUUUCUCUUCGACGCUCCAGAGCCUCCGUUUCGUAUGGUUCAUCUCACCAGUUUCUUCGUCAUCGUCUUAUCUCCUCUCCUCGCCUACUUUUCAGGAACGUUCGUGGAGUUCAAGCUACGAUUUUACAAGACGAUGAAGAGAAAGUUGUGGUGGAGGAGUCUUUUAAAUCCGAGACUUUUCCUGGUAAAGAACCACUUCUCGAGGAGGCAGAUACGAAUUCUUCAUCUAGUGAUUUUGAGGCUUGGGUCAUCAAGCUUGAGCAAGGAGUCAAUGUGUUUCUUACAGACUCGGUGAUUAAGAUACUUGACACACUCUACCGUGACCGAACCUAUCCAAGGUUCUUUGUUCUUGAAACCAUUGCUAGAGUCCCUUAUUUUGCUUUUAUGUCAGUGCUACACAUGUAUGAGACCUUUGGUUGGUGGAGGAGAGCUGAUUAUUUAAAAGUCCAUUUUGCUGAGAGCUGGAAUGAGAUGCACCACUUGCUCAUUAUGGAAGAAUUGGGUGGAAACUCAUGGUGGUUUGAUCGUUUUCUGGCCCAGCACAUAGCAACCUUUUAUUACUUCAUGACAGUGUUUUUGUAUAUCGUAAGCCCAAGAAUGGCAUAUCAUUUUUCAGAAUGUGUGGAGAGUCAUGCGUUUGAGACUUAUGAUAAAUUUCUCAAGUCCAAUGGAGAGGAGUUGAAGAAAUCGCCUGCACCUGAAAUCGCCGUGAAAUACUAUACAGGAAGCGACAUGUACUUAUUUGAUGAGUUCCAAACAUCUAGAGCUCCAAAUACUAGAAGGCCAGUAAUAGAGAAUUUAUACGACGUGUUUGUGAACAUAAGAGACGACGAAGCAGAACACUGCAAGACGAUGAGAGCUUGUCAGACACUGGGAAGUCUCCGUUCUCCACACUCGGUUUUAGAAGAGGAAGAAUCAGGGUGUGUUGUUGUUCCUGAGGAGGCUCAUUGCGAAGGUAUUGUAGACUGCAUCAAGAAAAGCAUCACCAACUAAACAAAUCACGUAAAAAUCUAAGAUUACUUUGUUAUAGAAUAGUUGCUCAAAAGCAAAAAGAAAGUUGUUAUAGAUAAAUCCAAUAUACUUAGGAAUAAAGAGAAAGUGUGUGUGUAUGUGGAAGAACAUUUUUAAAUACUCAAAUGAUAAACCUUACUUUAUUCAACUAAUUAAUUAAUGCUUUAU